UUUUUUGCUGCGACACCAUUGCGCGAGAAUAGGAAUCUAGAUUACUCUUGAGUCAUCCUAGUAGACGUGGAAAACCUAAGAUAGUGAUUCUAGUAUCCUAGGAUGGUGAAAAUCCUCGUAUAAUCAUCACUAUACUGGAAAUCCUAGUAAAGUGGUGGUGAAAAUCCCAGUGCACAGCAUGAUGGUAGAGCGGUGGACUGAAGUCAAUGUCCCGAACUUCCACGUACAUAGGAUACAUUCAAUUGCCCCUUCAAAUGGAGGCGGCUGCCGAAGAAAGUAAUCGAAGCCACGAGUUUGUGCAUCGCGCCACUUUGAGAAAUACACCGACGCGACGCGACGCGACUCAUGAACUUGCACUUCGCUGCAAAGCCCCGUAUAGGCUUAGCCACCACGCCGCGAAUGAGCAAAAAAUAUAUAUAUCUUUAUAGAAGAUACAGACUAUGCCGGCUGGCACACACAUGGAGUUACAUAUUGAAAUUAUUUAACACGAACUACAACACAACUCCGAGUGCACACAUAUACAGCAUUAUUCAUGCUAUUGAAGAAGGAGAACAUCAAUGUUUCCUUUUUUUCAUGCGCCGACCUGCUUUUUCAGAUGUUCCAGAUAGCAGCGUGGCUUCUUGCCAUCGCAAGCGGGCUCUGCUGCAUCUUCAUGAAGACAGCAUGGUACCGCACCAACGACCCCACUACCGAGUUCGGCAAACUAUCCACAGCCUUUUUCGACCGCAUCUUGUGGUCCAUUUUCCUCAUCUGGAUCACUCUUGCUUGUGCCACUGGAAGAGGAGGCUUCCUGUGCACGUUCCUGUCGUGGAGUGCCUUCACGCCCCUCAGCAGGCUGGCCUUCGGCGUGUACAUUGUCCACUUGCCCUUCGUACAGCUCACAAUGCACAUAUCUCGGGAACGGAUGUACUACUCGCAUUUCUUCAUUGUUUCGUUCUUCUUCUCCGUACUCGUUUGGAGCUUUCUAAUCAGCUACUUUAUGUACAUUUUCUGCGAAGCUCCAACGGGUAGACUGUACAAACUCAUCUUUGAGGCUCGACGUGUGACAACGGAGAACGAACUCAAGGACGAAGUUAGGAAUGCCAACGGCGCUGAGCCGUCACACGUGGCCGCGACGUUGCAAGAUUCCAAAGUGGAGUUUGUGCAAUACAGCAGCGGCACGGACUCCUUCAAUGGUUUGCAUAACGGUAACAGCAAUCCUACAAGCUGGCAUCUAUAAUGUCAAUGCCAAAGGCCGCUCAUUUAUGUCGAGCGUUCUUAAUUUCCCAUAACGACGAAGUAUAUUCUACCCGUUCUAGGGAUGCAGCAAAAAUGCUUGAUUCUCCCAUCAUUGGAUGCAGAAGGGCCGUCGAUGAAUGUGCGCUUGUCGAUGUAUUUGCAAGAGUGGCCUCCUGUAAUGUUGUAGUGUCUGUAUCCGAAAGGGGGUGAUGGCAAUACAUCUGUCAAGGCAGUUGUAACAAUUUUGUGGCGGAUAGCAAGCAAAAUAAAUUAUUACUACGAAGGUAUACCUGUCAUAUACGUGUUCGAUCAAUGUAUCGUGCUCCUUUUCUUGUACCUUUUUGUCUAAGUGGGCCGAAUGCUCAAAGACCGAAAUAAAGUGGCACAGAG